AUGUCUUGGGACGAUGGUACGCACGCAAAGGUGAAGAAAGUUCAUAUUACAUAUGAUGACGUCAUCUACUCAAUCCAGGUCACGUACGGAACCGCACCUCAAGCCCCGCUUCGUGGCUCUGUUGGGCCCAUGUCUGCCGAGUUCACCUUGGAAUCGAACGAGUACAUAACGGCUCUUUCUGAUUACGCGCUGAGCACGCAAGACGUUAUAACGUCGUUGACUUUCAAAACGAACAAGAAGACGUAUGGACCUUAUGGAAACAAAUAUGGUUAUCAGAUUUCUGCUGCUCAUGAGAAAAUCGGAAAACAAAUCGCCGGUUUUCAUGGUACCGAAGGCAAAAUUCUCAACUCCAUUGACGUUCACUACGCUCCAAUACCCACUGGCACCGGCGGUUCAGAGGCUCAAAAGUUGGAUGCCGAGGGUGGAGCGUCUGGAGCUGUGUGGGACGAUGGUGCUCACGACAACGUUAAAAAGGUCUCUGUUGGACAAGGCCAAGAUGGUAUAGCAGCUGUCAAGUUUGAAUACAGAAAUGGUUCUCAAGUUGUUAUUGGAGCUGACCGUGGGACACCAACAUUGCUUGGAUACGAAGAGUUUGAGCUUGCAUCUGAUGAAUACAUAACCAUCGUGGAAGGUUACUACGACAAAAUCUUAGGAAGUGAUGGCCUGACGAGUCUCACUUUCCAUACUAACAAGAAUACAUAUGGUCCGUAUGGUCUCCAAGGUAGCACACACUUUGACAUCAAGGCGGAAGGUUACAAGAUAACAGGGUUCCAUGGUCGAGCUGGUGAUACUAUCACUGCUAUUGGAGUUUACUUGGCUCCAGUAGGUACCAUCCCCUUGACUCCUGCAGAACCAACCGAGAAGCUAGAAGAUGGAAGAACGACAUGGGAUGAUGGCGUUUACGACAAAGUGAAAAAGGUCUUUAUAGGACUAGGCCAAGAUGGUAUAGCAUCUGUCAAGUUUGAAUACAUAAAUGGUUCUCAAGUGGUUUAUGGAGUUGAACAUGGGACACCAACAUUGCCUGGAUUCGAGGAGAUUGUGAUUAACUAUCCGGACGAGCAUCUGGUUUCAGUCGAGGGUUGGUAUGAUUCCUCCAAUAUCAUCUUGGGAAUCCAGUUUAAAACUAACAAGAAGACUUCUGAUUACCUCGGCUUUGAGUUCGAUGGUACUGGUACUGAAUUUAAUCUCCAAGUUCAAAACAAAAUCAUCGGGUUUCACGGUUUCUCCAGCAACCACCUCCAUUCCAUUGGAGCUUAUUUCGUUCCGUUACCCUCGACCACCACCACCAUUCCUAUUGUUCCCUUGAAGAAGCUUGGAACUAAGUGGGACGACAGUGCUCACGAAAAAGUGAAAAAGGUCUUUGUAGGACUAGGCCAAGAUGGUAUAGCAGCUGUCAAGUUUGAAUACAUAAAUGGUUCUCAAGUUGUUAUUGGAGUUGAACAUGGGAAACCAACAUUGCUUGGAUUCGAGGAGUUCACUUUGGGAUCGUACGAGUACAUAACGGCUCUUUCUGCUUACACCAAAACGCUGAACACCCAAGAUAUUGUAACGUCGUUGACUUUCACAACGAACAAGAAGACUUAUGGACCUUAUGGAAAUAAAUCUGGUUUCCAGUUUUCUUUUCCGGAGGAGUCCGGAAAACAGCUCGCCGGUUUUCAUGGUACGAGCGACAAUGUUCUCAACUCCAUCGAGGUUCACUACGCUCCCAUACCCGCCGUUCAAAAAUUGGAUGCACAAGGUGGCACUGGUGGAACGGAAUGGGACGAUGGAUCUGAUCACGACGGCGUGACAAAUAUAACCGUAAGAAUUAACUGGCUUGGCAUUCAAUACGUAAGGUUCGACUAUGUGAAAGAUGGACAACCGAAAAACGGUGGCCAACACGGUGGGAAAAGUGGUAGAGGUCACCCGCUAGAUGUUGUGAUUAACCAUCCGGACGAGCAUCUGGUUUCAGUCGAGGGUUGGUAUGAUUCCUCCAAUACCAUCAUGGGAAUCCAGUUCAAAACUAACCAGAAGACUUCUGAUUACAUGGGCUCUGGAUUCAAUGAGGAUACUGGUACUAAAUUUAUCCUCCAAGUUCAAGACAAGAAGAUCAUCGGGUUUCACGGUUUCAACGCAGGCUAUCUCAAUUCCAUUGGAGCUUAUUUCGCUCCGUUAUCCUUCACCACCGCCAUUCCUAUUGUUCCCUCGAAGAAGCUUGGGACUAAGUGGGACGAUGGUGCUUACAAAAAAGUUACAAAGGUCUUCGUAGGACUAGGCGAAGAUGGUAUAGCAGCUGUCAAAUUUGACUACAUAAAUGAUUCUUAUAGGGUUUAUGGAGUUGAACGCGGGAAACCAACAUUGCUUGGAUUCGAGGAGUUCACUUUGGAAUCGUACGAGUACAUAACGGCUCUUUCUGGUUACACCAAAACGCUGAGCAUGCAAGAUGUUGUAACGUCGUUGACUUUCACAACGAACAUGAAGACUUAUGGACCUUAUGGAAAUAAAUCUGGUUUCCUGUUUUCUUUUCCGGAGGAGACCGGAAAACAGAUAGCCGGUUUUCAUGGUACGAGCGACAAUGUUCUCAACUCCAUCGACGUUCACUACGCUCCCAUUCCUAGACUCGUCGUUCAAAGAUUGAAUGCACAAGGUGGCACUGGUGGAACGGAAUGGGACGAUGGAUCUGAUCACGACGGCGUAACAAAUAUAUAUGUAAGAUCAAACAUGUAUGGCAUUCAAUACGUAAGGUUCGACUAUGCGAAAGCUGGACAACAGAAACAAGGAGACCACCACGGUGGCAGUACUGGUAGUAGAGAAUCAGAGAGAGAGAUUGUGAUUAACCAUCCGGACGAGCAAGUGGUUUCCGUCGAGGGUUGGUAUGAUCCUACCAAUGUCAUCUGCCGAAUGCGAUUCAGAACUAACCAAAAGAUUUAUGAUAUCUUGGAAAUUGUAUCCAAUGGUAGUAAUCCUACUAAAUUUACUCUCAAAGUUCAAGACAAGAAGAUCAUCGGGUUUCAUGGUUUCUCCAGCAACCAGCUCAAUUCCAUUGGAGCUUAUUUCGCUCCGUUAUCCUCCGCCACCACCCCUCCUAUCGUUAACCCCGAAGGAGCUUGA